AUGACUGGGGCUGAGAUUGAACAUGGUGCUCAGGAGAAGCCUGAAAAGAAGGCUGAAGAAGAGAUUGGGGGUGGGGCUGAAAGAAAGAAUAAAGUCCCACUGGUGGUCAGACCCAAGGUUAGAACCCAGGCACAGGUAAUGCCUGGGGUAAGGCCUAAAUCUGAUGUCAUGGUAGUAAGUGGGGCAAAGCCCAAAGCAGAAACCAUGGCAGUAGGUGUGGUACAUACUAAGAAUGAGGCCAAGGUAAUCCCUGGGGUGAGGCCUACAGAUAAAACCCCUUCAUGGACCAUGACUGAAUAUGAUGGUGAGGAGAUGUUGAAGAGAGAGGGAGUGUCCCAGAGCAAUUCCAUAGCCUGGCCACUGGUCAGUACUGAGUUUGAGUCAGUUGCUAAAACGAAGACCUUAUCUAUGGAUAAGGAACUGAUCAGUGUGGACACUGAUUCCUUUCCUGUCACCAAGGUCAAGUCCCAAUUAGGAAUACAGCCUUUGUUUGGGUCAGAGGAGAAGUCCAAUGUGGGAUCCUGGUGGUGCCCCACGCCUACAUUCAAACAAGAGAUCUCUCACAAUUGUGAUUUCAGAUGGGUGGACAGAUCUUGUCUGAAUUCCUGGUUCUGGAGUGGAGAAGAGGUCAGUACAAAGUUUCGUCCUAGAGACAGGGUAAAGGCCAAUGCCAGAUCCAGGCACAAGGCCAAAGAAGAGGACAUGUCUAGGCCCAAUACCAACUGGGAGUUUUAUGUGUCUAGUGCCGGCUCUGAGGAUGAAUCUAUUAAGACAUCCUGGCUCUGGGCCAGAGAAAAGGCUAAUAUCUGGUCCAUGCCCAAGGAAGAGACCAAUAACAGGUCCAGGUUUAGGUCCAAGAAAGAAGUCUUUGAGUCCAUUUCUGGAUCUGAAUGUGAGGACAAUGUGAAUUCCUGGCUCUGGGCUAGAGAGGAGGGCAAAUGCAGAUCUAAACCCAGAGUCAGGAAAGGGGCCAAUGUCAGGGCCAGGCACAGGACCAAGCAAGAAGCUUCCAUUGAUUUUGUAUCUGGAUCUUUAGAUGUAGUCCAAAAAGAGCCCUGGUUCUGGCCUGGAGAAAAGGCUAAUAACUUGUCAAGGCCCAAGUUCAAGAAAGAGGCCAAGGCCAGAAUAAUGGCAAAUGAAAAGGUCAAAAAUAAGGCCAGAGCCAGGGCCAAGCCAGAAACCAGGUCCAAAGAGGAGUUCCUCAUUGGGACCUGGUUCUGGGCUGCAGAAGAAUCCAGCAUAGUAGGUGGGGCCAGUGUCAAGUACAGCUCUCAAGUGGAGGAUGAUUCCAUUUUUGGCAGUUGGUUCUGGACUGAAGAAGAGGCCAGUAUAGAGACUGAUGCUAGCAGUAAAUCCAGACCAAGCACUGAGGAGGAAUCUACUGGCAAUUUCAUCCUUGGGUCUGGGGAAAAGGCCAGUAUGGAAACUGGGGCUGAGGCCACCUCCAAAUCUAUGCUAGAAGAUUAUAAAGAAAACGUCAUUGUUGGUUCCUGCUUCUGGAUUUGUGAAGAGACCAACCUAGAGGCUGAGGAAGAGACCAUUUUUGGGUCUUGGUUUUGGGUCAGUGAUGGGGCCAGUAUGGAAGUUGAUAUUAGAGCCAGCUGUGCAUCCAGGCUAAGGUCUGAGGAAGAAGGGGUCAUUGGUCCCUGGUUCUGGGAUGGAAAAGAGGUUGAUACAGAGGCUGAGUUUGUAGAAGCCAGGCCAGGAGAUGAAGAAGAGUCAAUAUUUGGGUCCUGGUUUUGGGCUGGAAACCAGGCCAAGAUGGAUUCUGGGGCUAAAUUCAGUUGUGAUACCAUGCCAGGGGCUGAGGAGGAACCCAUUAUUGGGUCAUGGUUCUGGAAUGGAAUAGAAGCUUGUGUGGGGACUGAGGUCAGCAACAAGUCUACCCUGAAGGACAAGGAGGAGGUUAUUAUAUCAUCUUGGUUUGGGACCACAGAAGAGGUCAGUAUAAAGUAUGGAACUGGUACCAGAUGCAAAUUUAUGGCAGAGGCUGAAGAGAUCAAUAAUGAGUCUUGCUUCUGGGAUGAAGAAGACCCCUGCAUAUAUACUGCCAAUGGAAGCAGGUGGAAGUCUAGGCCAGAGGAGGAACAGGACACUGUUAAUUCAUCGUUCUGGUCCAGGAAACACACAAGGCCAGAGACCAUUAUAGGGCCCUGGUUACAAGCUACAGAAGAGGUCAGUACAGAUGAUGGGACUGGAGAAGAGACCAACCCACUGAUCGAGGAGGAGACCAUGAUCACAUCCUGGUUCUGGAAAGGAGAUGAAACCAUUAGAGUGGCUACAGACAAAGAAGAAUCCAGGCCAGAUGCUGAGGAGGAGGACAUUAUUGGUUCUUGGUUCUGGGCUGGGGAGGAGGACAGGCUCAAGACAGCAGCUGAAGCUAGAGAAGAGGACAGGCUGGCAGCUGAGGAGGAAGCUAUUGUUGGGUCUUGGUUCUGGGCCAGGAAAGAGAUCAUUAGGAAAGAGGCUGGCUUUUGCAACAAAUGCAGUCCAGAGGCUAAAGAGGAGGAAGCCAUUGUUGGGUCCUCGUUCUGGGCUGAAAAAGAGGCCAGUAUGGAGGCAGGAGCCAGUUUCAAGUCCAUGCCAGUGACUGAGGAAGAAGAAAUCACUUCCUCAGUCCUGGUUGGGUCCUGGUUUGGGGCUGAAAAAGACAACAGUAUAGAGGUUGGGCCUCAGGCAAUAGAAGAGAGCAGGUCAAGGACUGAAGAAGAAAUCAUUUUUGGGUCCUGGUCCUGUGCUGCAAAAGAAGUCAGUGUAGAAGCAGAGACAUUCUGUGCAUUCAAUCCAGAGGAUGAUGAGAUAAUUGUUGAGUCUUGGUUCUGGUCUGAAGAGAAGGCUAUUAACGAGACUGGAACUGUUGUAACUUGUAAGACCAGGCCAGACAAUGAGGAAAAGGCCGUUUUUGGGUCCUGGUUUGGAGCUAAAGAUGAGGCCAAUAACAGGACUGACAAUGGGACCAACUGUGAGACCAGGACAGUAGAUGAGGAGGAUGAUCCCAUAGUGGGAUCCUGGUUCUGGGCAGGAGAUGAGGCCCAUUUUGAAUCAAACCGUAACCCUGUGUUCAGGGCCAUUUGCAGGUCUAGGUGUUCAUUUGAGCAGGAACCUUCCCAGAGCUGAGAAGAGGUCACUGUUCAGUUCAAGCCUGGUCCAUGGGGUAGGGUUGGCUUCCCAUCUCCAAUACCCUUUAGAUUUCCAAAAGAAGCAGCAUCUAUGUUCUUUGAAAUGUUUGGAGGAAAGCCAAAGCACAUGGAACUUAACCCAGAAGGGGAAGAGCAGGAAUCUUUGCUUCAGCCUGAUCAGCCUGAUCCUGAGUUCCCAUUUCAAUAUGAUCCAUCCUACAGGUCAGUCAGGGAAAUUCGGGAACAUCUUAGGGCCAGAGAGAGUGCAGAACCUGAGAGUUGGUCCUGCAGUUGCAUACAGUGUGAGCUUAAUAUUGGUUCUGAAGAGUUUGAAGAACUCCUNUUAUUAAUGGACAAAAUCCGAGAUCCUUUUAUUCAUGAAAUAUCUAAAAUCGCAAUGGGUAUGAGAAGUGCUUCUCAAUUUACCCGAGAUUUCAUUCGGGAUUCAGGUGUCUCACUUAUUGAAACCUUUCCCCUUUCAGUGCGACACACCUCUGUGCUUCUGCAAGUGAGAGCGUGGUCACGUGACCCACCACCAGCUUCACGUGACCACGUAGUCAACCUGUCUGCCGCAGCCCUGCAGCAUGGAUGGUAG